GGUGUUUGGUGAUAUAGUCUGGGUGUUUGGUGAUAUAGUCUGGGUGUUUGAUGAGGGUGAUAUAGUCUGGGUGUUUGAUGAGGGUGAUAUAGUCUAGGUGUUUGAUGAGGGUGAUAUAGUCUGGGUGUUUGAUGAGGGUGAUAUAGUCUGGGUGUUUGAUGAUGGUGAUAUAGUCUGGGUGUUUGAUGAGGGUGAUAUAGUCUGGGUGUUUGAUAAUAGUUUAUGUCAUAUAUGAUACACUGAGUACUACCAGGACUCACUGAGUACUACACAAGACUUACUAAAUACUGCCAGGAACCACAGAGUACUGCCAGGACACACUGAGUACUACCCAGGAUCUACUAAAUACUGCCAGGACCCACAGAAUACUACUAGAAUAUACUGAGUAAUACCAGGACACACUAUGUACUGCCAGGACCCACUGAGAACUGGCAGGACCCACUGAGAACUGCCAGGACCCACUGAGAACUGCCAGGACCCACUGAGAACUGCCAGGACCCCCAUGUUUAUUCCUACCAAAGUCAGAUAUAUACUGCAUUUUAUUUCAGUGAUGGUUUGGUGUCAUUCACCCAAGGCAUGGAGGACACUUGAAGUUGUUUUUCAAUGCUCCAUCAUUAGAUUUACUCUCCAUACAUUAAAGCAAACAAUUUGGUAAAUUUCUCAUGGAAAAGCAUAAAUGAAUAAGUGUAAAUUCUUCUUGUGUAUUGUCUUUGAAGUGUCACCACCAGUAAACAGUGAUACCUUAGGGUGACUCGAGGGCUACUAGCCAUUGUUAAUGACUAUAAAAACAACCUAACAUGAACGUAAGAAUGGUUACUAUAGGAAAACUUGACAUACAGUAGGUACUGUACUGUGCUGUACUGGUGAUAACUUUUGUGGUAAUUAAGUAUUUAUUCUUUUUUCGUAGAAGAAAAAAAUAUGAUAACAUUUUGGUUUUGGCUGAAAAAAAGUUAGGCUCACAGAGAAGUUAAAAUAUAUGAUCCUCUGUUAAUGUUUACAUGUUCCGUGACUUCUAGUAAAUAACAGUAACUACAGUACUGUAUCUCUAAAUGUCUGAUUUUUAUCAGUAAAGGAGCACUGCCACAUGAUGCUAAACUUGAAUAUUACUGAUACACUGUACUGUACUACGAGUGCUCAGGCCUAUAGUUGAGAGACUCCUUUUCUUCUUUGCAGUUUCUGUGAAAAGUACUGAAGCUAUGUAGUUUACCCAUGAGAACUGUGUCAAGUGCAGUACACUAUUAUAGUACUGUACUGUAGUUUAAGUUUUUUAGAUUUAGUUGGUUGUGCUAUAGUCCAUCAUUAAUGUUAAGCCACCAUAGUAAACAGGAAUUGAAAGCUUGACGUGGUGUGAUACAGUAUUGUCUAUGGAUGUGUAGAAUGAGGUCCAGGUGCCCAACCCACCUUGUCUGGGAUAUAUUCAGCAAUUUUUUUUAUUCAUUUUUUUAACCAGGGCAUAAUUCUUUCUGUUUUUUCACUUUGGAGAGAGACUUCAAAACCUUGCCCGUUCUCCAAAGAUGCUGAUUGCAGGUGCUCACCACACACACAGGUUCAGCUUGUGAGCUGCACAGUGGAAAUCUACCCUUUAAACUGAGCUGUUGGUGAUAUAAACAGCACCACUUCUGGGACUCUUGUUUCCUUCAACUAAGCUAAGCUAUUUUGAUGUGUUUUAGCUUCAUUAUCUUAGUGUAUAAUUACUGUACUUUGACUUAAAUAUAUUGUUUGAAUGGAAAGGGUUGAUUUUUUGGAUAAUUUUUUAUGCAAGAUUUUCAGAACACUGUUUUAAAGUACUGUACCCCUGUACAUUAAUCUGUAAAUUAAUGUGUUUGCAAUAUAGUUUUAGAGUUUACUGUAGAGAGUUUGUAGGUUGUUUGAGGUAAAGAGUACUGUAGGGAUAUACUGAUGGGAGAAAAUAAACUUAAGGACACAUCUGACCCAUGGGAUGGGUAAUGAGCUAAUGUUGACCAGGGUACAUGUGUGUUUACCCAGUCUCUAGGGACACCAAUGAAUUUGUUGUGCCGCCAAGCAAUGGGUCCUUGUAGGUGGAGGCAACAAUGGAUAAAGGUUUCCAUUAAAGAAGGCUUCCUGAUGAAACAGACCUCGUCAUUUCAGCGGUGGCGUAAACGAUAUUUUAAACUCAAGGGACACAAGCUGUACUAUGCAAAAGAUACUAAGAGCGUGAUAUUUGACGAGAUUCACCUGACCGAUUUAAGCGUGGCCGAGUGUAGCACAAAGAACAUUAACCACAGUUUCCAGUGCAUUACCCCUUUCCGAAGUCUGGUACUGGCUGCUGAGACUCGCCGCGAGAUGGAGGAGUGGAUUACAGCUCUGAAGUCGGCCAACACCACCACACAUUACUAUGAGGGAGCAGACCAAGUCCACUCUCUAUUAUCAGGGCAACACAACUGGUAUGCCACCUCCCAUGCGCGACCCACCUACUGUAACGUUUGCCGGGAGGCCCUCUCAGGAGUAACAUCUCAUGGAUUAAGCUGUGAGGUCUGUAAGUUGAAGGCCCAUAAGCGAUGUGCAGCCAAGGCGCUCAAUAACUGUAAGUGGACCACCUUAGCCUCGGUUGGGAAGGACAUCAUUGAAGAUGAAGAAGGGAUCCUGGCAAUGCCUCAUCAGUGGGUGGAAGGGAACUUACCUGUGUCUGCCAAGUGUGCUGUAUGUGAAAAGACUUGUGGUUCUGUUCUCAGGCUGCAGGACUGGCGAUGUUUAUGGUGUCGAGCGAUGGUCCACACUGCAUGUCGACCACUUCACCCCACCCGCUGUCCACUGGGUCCUUGCCGCGUCUCCAUCGUCCCGCCAACCGCACUCACCACAAUAGGGACGGACGAGUCAUGGGAAGCGACCAGACCUCAGGGCUGCUCGCCACUCUUAGUGUUCGUCAACAGCAAGAGUGGUGACAAUCAAGGUGUGAGGUUCCUGCGGCGGUUCAAGCAACUCCUUAACCCGGCACAGGUGUUUGAUUUGAUGAACGGUGGACCAGUACUAGGGCUGCGUCUCUUCAAGUGUUUCAACCCAUUCAGAAUAUUGAUAUGCAGUGGGGAUGGUUCGGUGGGAUGGGUCCUGUCAGAGAUUGACCAACUGCACAUGACAAAUCAGUGCCAGAUUGGUGUGCUGCCACUGGGCACGGGUAAUGAUCUAGCUCGGGUGCUUGGCUGGGGCUCUGCGUGUGACGAUGAUACUCACCUUCCUCACAUAUUGGAGAAGUAUGAGAGGGCGACGACUAAAAUGCUCGAUAGAUGGAGCAUAAUGAGUUACGUGAGUCAUGUAUCGCUGAGUCCUGAACACAAACUGGAGUCGUUUACCUCGCAUUCCCUGCUCUCUCAAGUGGCUGCUUAUGAAGAUUCAGUCGGUGCUCAUCUAGCGACUCUGCUUCAGUCAAACCAACAUUCCGUUGUUAUAUCAUCUGCAAAAGUGUUGUGUGAGACAAUCAAGUCAUUAAUAAUGAAAGUGGGCAGGAGCUGGGGGGAAGGAUCACACACAACUGAGAGUACAGACACACAGGUGAUAGAGGACUCCCUGUCAGCUAAAUGUGCCGUGUUGAAUGAUAAACUGGACCUACUUCUGCGAGCACUACAUGAGGAGAGCAUAGCAUCCGUGUCUUCUGCUAGUUCUGCAACACCCGAAAGUUCAUCAGUUGUAGAUGAGAGUCCAGAAACGAGCGAGGAUCUUGAUACUGUAGAUAAGGGCAGCUUGUGCAAAGAGAAUAAAAAUGCUUCUAAUAUCCAACACAGGAAAAGAACGAAACGGAAAUGCUUCAUAGAGAGGGAUGCCUUGAUGUCCAGAGCUAACAGUCUGAAGAAAGCUGUAAGAGAGAUUAUAGAACACACAGAGAAAGCAGUGGACGACCAAAAUGCCCAAACAGCUACUCGUCUUCCCCCACCAACCAUAACAUUAGAGGCAUCAGAGGACAUGGGAGAGGAGAAAGUUAGGAAACAAAUAAUGUCAUGUUCAGGACUACAGGUCCUCCCCACCAUAGAGGGUUCAUCUGCAGAGGUGUCACCGUGUCCUUCCCCCACUCCUAUGGCGGCCAUACCACCCUUCGUGUCCUCUAUUACCACUAACUUCCCUCUCCCACCUGCUUCUCCUCUCCCAGGUACUUCCUCUUCCCAUGCCAAAUAUUCCAUCUCCAUUCCCAGUCACCAAAUUGACUCAUCCUCAUCUACAUUCCUUCAAAUUCCUGGAACUAUUUCACUUCCUGUUAGUUCCAAUGUGGACGACCCCAGUGAUCAGCUAAGUGUAAAUUACCAAGCCAUUUCACCCCUCCCCGAUAUCCGUAGAGAGAGUCACGGCGAAUUUGAGUUCCCACCUACUUUACCCGUACCCAGGGAGUUUGCAGAUCUCUCGAGGAAGAACAGCAUGCAGGAGAACAGAGAUGCGGCCGGUGAUAGGUGCCCCAUUCCCAUUGAGGACAUUGAAGUUCGUAUACAGUCGUCCACAGACAACCUGGUGGACGUUGGCGAAGAUGAACCGUAUACAUUUGAGGAAAAAUCUAUAACGGAAAUUAGGGAUUCUUUAGCAAAUUCAUUAAAUAACUCCAUUGACAUUGAUGAGGAAUGGGCACAAGCAGAGGAGGAGGAGGCGAACAAAGAAGAUAAUGUGGAUGAAGAAAAAGUUUGCAUAAAGGAGGAAGCAGAGGAGAGUGAAGGUGAAGAAGAUAAAGAGAAAACUGAAACAUUGGACAGUGAUGAAACAGAUGAAACGGUAAAAGAAACACACAAAUAUGAAGCUAAAGAUGAUGAUGAAGAUGAUGAUGGUGUUGCUGAUGACACAACACCUGAGGGUGACACAAGUGUUAUAGAAGACAUUGUCACAGAUGAUAAAGAUGGAGUGAAUUUUGUUAGCAGAUAUGAAUGGGAAGGGUCAUUACCUCACAGAGAAGAGCCUACUGGAGAAGAGUCGCACGAUGAUAUACACACGCCAGAUGUUCCCUUGGCUCAAGAAGAGAUCUCUGAAAGUAUCGAUAAGGAAUUGGAAGUUGAAUUGAUGCCACCACCCUCAGAGCGAAUUGUGGAGGGAGCUGAGGCUGGGACUGAAGAUGAAGAGGAAGAGAAAGGUGAGGACUCUUCGCGGCGCAUCUCUUCAGGCUCGACCCUAAAAAACCAAGGAGGCCGCAUCUCCACUUUGAGCGUGGCCUCCUCCACCUCUGGACGGGACAAGAGCAGAAGUCCUGAGCGUGGAGGGCGAGGGUCAGGCAGCCGAGGGUUAGCUAGGGGUUCUGCAGCUGCUCGAUCAUCUCGCAAACACCUCCCUAUCAUCAAUCCACUUGUCUCACUACCCAUGUGGCCAAAUAUAGCUGCUGGUGCGAGCUCUGGCGGCCUUAUCAGCAAGGUGCUCCUGGCCAAUGCUGACGCUCUCUGUGCUGCUGCCUCGCCCCUCAUGGAUCUUGAUGACUCCUCUUUAGAAGGAUAUGAUGAAAGGUGCACUAUGAACAACUAUUUUGGUAUUGGAAUUGAUGCAAAAAUUACAUUGGACUUUCACAACAAGAGAGAAGAACACCCUGAGAAAUGUCGAUCAAGAACCAAGAACUUCAUGUGGUAUGGUGUUCUAGCUUCAAAGGAGUGGCUGUGUAAGACCUACAAGAACCUGGAUCAACGUGUACAGCUGGAAUGUGACGGAGAACGGAUUCCCUUGCCGUCACUGCAGGGGAUAGUUGUACUUAAUAUUCCCAGUUUCAUGGGAGGCACCAACUUUUGGGGAGGAACCAAAGAGGACGACUGUUUCCUAGCACCAAGUUUUGAUGACAGAAUCCUUGAAGUUGUGGCUGUGUUUGGGUCUGCACAGAUGGCAGCUUCUCGUAUUAUCAACUUACAGCAUCAUCGGAUAGCUCAGUGCUCCAGCAUCAAGAUCACAAUCCUUGGCGAGGCAGGUGAAGAAGGUGUGCCAAUCCAGGUUGAUGGUGAGGCAUGGACCCAGCCGCCAGGAAUAGUUCGUAUUGUUCAUAAAAACAGAGUUCAGAUGCUCUGCAGAAGUCGGGACUUAGAGGUGUCGCUUAAGGCUUGGGAGGAGAAACAGCGCAGUAGUGGAAGCCAGACCGAACAGUUAACUCUACUGGCUGAUGAGGAGUUGCCUGUCCUCGCCUCACUCGCUUCUACAGUUGCAGACAUCAUCAGCUGUGUUCGUAUGGCAGCAGUCAACACCCCUUCUGUGGAGAAUCUGCUUGGAGAAUUAGCCUCGUCGGCCACCACCUGUUUAGAGAAGAUCUGGCGUGAUGGAAGAAUAAUUGAGAGUCCUAAUUUACGAAUGUUAGCUACGGAGUUGGUAAAUAAUGUACGUAAUCUACAUACAGAAGUUUCCAGCAUGCUGAAGGACGAAUCUUUGGAAAUAAACAAAGCAAUGGAGGAAAAUCUUCAAGGACCACUGGCACAUCUUGAUAAUGUAUUGAAAUAUGCGCAUGAGAAAGACAGCGUAAUGCACUUUGUCGCUGAUGAUGAGGGAGACCGGAAAAGGGUCCAUUCAAAAGGGAUAUUUAAACUGAAGCUAAAGAGAGAGGGCCGUCGAGGAGGGUUCGAAAGGGAAGUCAGAGAAUGGGGCCCGGAGGAAGUUGGUGUAUGGCUGGACACCCUUCAGCUGACAGAGUACCAGGAAUCCUUCAUUCGUCAUGACAUACGAGGCUCUGAACUCCUCAACUUAGAGAGAAGAGACCUCAAGGAGUUAGGUAUAACUAAGAUUGGCCACAUAAAGCGUAUCCAGCAGGGCAUCAGGGAAAUUAAAGAGAGUAAGUCCCACGGUUAAAGAUGGAAGAGUGUGUUACCGGUAAGUCAGAUAUGAUCGUCUAGCUGUACAGAAAUAUGUGAUCCAUUUGGAACCUUCGUACAAACAAGAUUGUGUUGAAUUUUAUUUAACAAAAGCAUGAACUUCUCCCUCUCGCUUAAUAUUAAUGAACUUUCACAGUAAAAAAGUAUUAUUACUGAAUGAAGCUCCUGAUACCAUUUUAAUGUAGAGUAUCUAACGUUGUAUGAAGAGAUGCUGCAGAACUCAUGCACUCUUGAUAUGCUUAGCACUUUUAAAUUUGUUCGUAUAAGGAUUCUACUUUGGAAACUAAAUAGUCGAGGAAAUGAGACUUGAAACAUGAUUUUAUUCAGUCUGAAGCAAGUGUGACAGUGGUACAUUACUUUCUGUUGCUCAUAUCUUGUUGAAGCCAGAUUGGAAUUGUCACUUCUUAAUGCCACAAAUUUUAUAAAAGAAUUUUUAAGAUAUGAUUCAAGAUACAGUAUACUGUACUGCACUGUAUCCUAAUAUAGGUCUUCUGUAUCCAAGGGUAAGCUAAAGAAAAAAGGAAGCUAAUAAAAGUGUCUAAUUCAUUAUUACUUUGGAUAUGGCAACUCAGUCUAAUUGUUCUCAACCAGCGCCAUUCAGGUCACGAGGAUGUGGUUCCUACUUGGCCAUUACCUUUGAAUAAUUCUACCAAACUAUAAACCAAUCGACGAACAACCAUGUCUUUAAGACAACCUAGAGUGCAGGUAAUUGGACUAGAGUGUUAUCGGUUUGACAUAAAACUUUUCAUUUCUUUUAAAGAUACUGAGACUUAUGCCAAAUUUUAGCUUUAAUGCUUUGAUCAACAAUUGUCUCUCGAGCUUUUGUUGGGUACUGAAGAGCUCCAUUCUAUUUUUAACCACCAUUAAAGCUCUCUCGUUAUAUUUGUGUGGGUAUUAGUUACACGAGGGGUAAUAAACUAACUCACAAAUGUAAAACAAUCAAGAGUUUAUUGCCAUUACUUUGUCUCUGGUUUGUUGAUAUGAUUUUGGUCGAGUAGGUUUUGAAUGGUGAGGCCUUACGCUUCCUUCAAACAGUGAUCAAGAUGUUUUUAUUGUGUUACUUUGCCAGUUUUUGUGUAUGAUUUAUUUUAUUUUUUAUUUUUGUAUUGGUCUAAUGAUAUUUUUCCAUUACAGGAUUUAUAACAACUCAGUAUUAUAUAAGUACAUGUAUUACUUGUUGUAGGAGGCUGCGUAUGUUUUGUCCUUGAUGGGCAGCCAGACAGAACUGAUUGAUUUAAUACAAGUUCUACUAGUCAGGUAUAACCAGCCGAAACUUCCCUCCUCGGUUUUUAUUGAAGUGACACUUUUUUUAAUAUAUCUUUCUGUUAAUUCCAUUUUAUUCUUGUUACAUUUAAAAAGGGAGUUUGCAAAUAUGACUGUGAAUUUAGUCUCGCUGAAACAUACACAGAAUUUGAUUUAUUUUUUGUUAUUUUUCAUGUUUGUGAUUGUCUACAGAAUGAAUCACAUGGCUUUGGUAUGUUAUUGACAGUGAGAGUGAUGUUAUAGUUCUUAAACAUUCUCUUGUGAAAUAGUCAUCACAUUUGUAUGGGAUGACUGUGUUUUAUAUACUGUAUUGUACUUGAUAGUAUUGAUAUGCUAUAAGCAUUAAAUAAUAAAGCUAGGCUAGUCAUGGUUUUAUAGUACUGUUGCCUUCUCUAUUAUUAUGUGAAGGCUUCAGCCAGUUAUGCAAAUGGAUACUGUCGGCUAUAAAUUUCUUAAUAUGUUUUCUUAUUUUCAGCACUUUUUUAUUUUCCGGUACUACUUGUACUAAUUAAAUGUAUAUCAGAAUAUUAAGUAUGCCUGUUUUAAGGCUCCUUACCCAUUAUCAUGGGUAUUGCUUAAUAAUAUUGAUCAUGUCCUAUAUCUGUAUGUGUGUCACCAUCUUCUCCAGGUGACAACACUGUGCAGAUAUUAUAUUGUGUAGCACUGUCAUAGUGGCCAGUCUCAACCACCAGUUUCCAUAACAUCAUCUUGUCACAUUUUAUAGUUUUAAAUAUUAUAUGGUCAGUAACUGUUAUGUUGCCAGUAACUUAUUAUUGGGUUGUCUUGGAUGUAGUUAACACAUCUCCAUUUUAAUUUUUCAAGAAGAACACUUUUGAAUAGUUGCAAAAUGUUUUCUUGGAAAUGACCAAGGAACAAUUAUUGUGGCUGCCAUUAUGAGAGUAGCUGAUCAGUCCUUAGUUUUUAUAUUCAUUUCACAUAAUACAACAAUUAUUGAGGUGUACUGUAUAUAAUUUAGGUCAGCACAUGAUGCUGAACGGCAGUGCCCUAUACUUGUGAUGUAAUUGUUAGCUUCUCAGACUGUUUCUGUUUCUGGCUGUUUGUUUAAAUCAUAAAAGAGCUGUGCUCUCCUUAUACUACAGUAACUAAAUUUAUGAGCAGUUAUGCUUAUACAUCUUCAAGCACUGUUUAUGAGUAUAUAUAUAUAUAUAUAUAUAUAUAUAUAUAUAUAUAUAUAUAUAUAUAUAUAUAUAUAUAUAUAUAUAUAUAUAUAUAUAUAUAUAUAUAUAUAUAUAUAUAUAUAUAUAUAUAUAUUAUAAAAGCAGUGUUAAGUUUAGUUUUUCUAUUUCUUGGCAUAGGCCUAAGGAGAACCAUACAUGGUAUACUCAUCAAGUCUUCAUGUUCCAACCCAGAAAUGAAUCCUUAACAGUGAGCGGUUGGUUCAUUCCUCCUGUUGCAGCCAUUACAACUGGUGACAGAUUAUCUCAUGUAGCAGUGGGUUUGAUAAGUAUACUGUACUGUAUACUGGUCAUCUUGGCCUACCUCAGCUGUGAAAAAGAUUUUCAAGAUCAGCA